UGUCCAUCGCAGUCGGUACCUCGCUUUCUCUCUCGUUGCACUUAGGGUUCUUGGUCUAAAAAUUCUCGCGCCGAAGGGUCAACCAGCCCAAUCAGCUCGUCACCACCUGUCCCCUCCUCCUUUGAUGGCAAAACCAGGUUACUGAGACAGUACAGCUCCCUCUAGCAAACCUAGGGCCGUGUACAUAGUGCCCGUCCGCCUUUCUGAUGACGUCUGCCUCCGCGCACAAGGAUGAGAUGGGCAUUGCUGCCUACACCGACGAGGCCCGCGCAUCUGCACCUUUGUACCUGACGCACCAGUGCCAACCCAACUCCACCACUACGCACGCCUCGCGGCGGGUGCGCCGCAGCAAGAAGGUAUCGGUCCCUUGA